AAAAUUUCAAAGCAUGCGCUAGUGUAUGAAGACAAUCACGUAUGUAUUACGCGGAAAGAAAUAAAUAAGGUAGUGAUCAGGUGCAAUUGACCGAUUGAUAGAAAGUGCGUGGAAACAGCAGAACUAAUCCAUCUUUUUAAGUAAAAACUGCCAAUUGAAACUUUUUCGAAAUAAUGGAAUCAUAAGACGAUCAACGAUUAAUUGAUUCUUUUAUUCGUAAUACGCGUCACCAUAGACAUGGAUGAAAAUUUGAGUCGAGGCUAUGUGCAGUUAGGAAAAGCGAGGGGCAUGAAUGAAUUUAAAUUCUCCAAUGGAUUCACGCAUUUGUCUCCUCCAGUCGACAAAUGCAACUUCAUUUACUUUGCCCUUAUACUUGGCGGUAUAGGAUUUCUCUUACCAUACAACAGUUUUAUCAUAGCAGUGGACUUUUUUCAAGCAAGAUAUCCCGGAACUACUGUAAUAUUCGAUAUGUCAGUCGUCUAUAUUAUUAUGGCCUUUUUCGCGGUUUUUGCAAAUAAUAUUUUGAUCGAAACGUUAUCUUUAAAUACACGAAUAACUUUCGGAUAUCUGGUAGCCUUUGCUACUCUAAGUUUUGUUGUGAUAUCUGAGAUCUGGUGGGAGCCUUUUGACGUGGCUACUUCUUACACGAUUAAUUUAGUCAUCGUUGCGAUAGUAUCGCUCGGCUGCACCGUCCAACAAUCAAGCUUUUAUGGGUAUACUUCUAUGCUUCCCAGUCGAUACACACAAGCUGUGAUGAUUGGAGAAAGCAUUGCCGGUCUUUGGGUCUCUAUCAAUCGAUUAUUAACCAAAUCAUUGCUGGAUGAUGAACGCAGCAAUACAUCUAUGUUUUUUUUUGUAUCGAAUAGCACGAUCCUAAUGUGUUUCGUAUUAAAUCAAAAAGUUCGCAAGACUGAUUUCGUGCAGUUUUACAUUACGUUGUGUCAAGAAAGAAAUCGUAUUACAUUAGAACCAACGGAAGAUGUUGGUUUAAUGGAUCCAUUGGAUCAGAUUGGAGAUCCUUCGAAAGGUCAGUAUGGUGUUCUAAAGAUCCAAACUAGUCCUCUAGGAAAUGAAUCCACGAGCGGGAAUACCGAGUUAAAUGGGAUAAAUCAAUAUUCACCGUUUUCAUUCAGUAAUCCUGUAUACGAACCUGGCGCACCGUCAGGAAAUCCUCCCGGCAGUGCUGGUCCUACAUAUAAAGUCGAAGAUGUAGUUGUUAUGAGGGGUACAUAUGGAACUCAAGCCAGUAAACCGUGGCCUGAAAUCAAAAAGGGUUUACUUGCGAGAUUCGAAGUGGCAAAAAUAAUAUUUCCAUACAUGGGAAGUAUUGGAUUAGCAUAUUUUGUAACACUUUGUUUAUACCCUGGAAUUAUGUCGGAAAUUAUUUCUUGUAAACUUGGAUCAUGGAUGCCAGUAAUUUUGAUGACUGCUUUCAAUGCCUCUGAUGUAAUUGGCAAGAUGCUUGCAAUGAUUCCAUACGAUUGGAAACGCACUCAGUUAUUAUUAUUCUCGAGUGUUCGUGUUGUAUUGAUUCCUUUAUUUUUACUUUGUGCGUUACCUAGAAGAACUCCAAUACUUGCUAAUGAAGGAUAUCCAUUGUUACUUUCUUGUUUGCUUGGUGUUACGAAUGGUAUAGUUGGUUCGAUUCCAAUGAUGCAGGCACCUACUAAAGUACCAGAAGGACAUCGGGAAUUAGCAGGGAAUAUCAUGACUUUGUCAUAUACUACAGGUUUGACAGUGGGCUCGUUAUUCGCAUACAUAUUGGAUACCCGUUUCGAGUUACCAGUUCAGUCGAAAGAUGUAUGUUAUAAAGCACCAAGUUUAACAUCAAUACCGUUUAACAGUACGACACCAAGCAGUUUGACAGAUGUUACGUUUUUCACGUUAUUCACAUUGACAGAAAACGUCACAUCGAAGGUAAAUACUACCGUCACUGUUUUAUCAAAUUUUUUAUCAACAUCUAGCUUGAUGUCUAAUACUACCGUUAGUUCGUUAACUACCGGCAUGACGGAAUCUUCUACCAUAUCACCGAAAAUUUCCUUUAACGUUACCACUUCGGUGAAUAAUGCAAUUUUACAACACUAGGACAUGCAAAAUUGUGUGCUGUGUUGAAUCUGGUGUUCUACGUGAAUAAAUUGUAGGAAAUCAUUAUAAAUAGGAAUUUUAUUUGUCAAUUAUUUUCUAUAUUUACCGAAGCGUUUUUUAAAACAUAU